CAUCUCCUUAUUUGGAAGGCGGAAGACCCGCACCUGUGAGCUGACGUCACCGAUCUAAAACUACCUGCGGUUGUCUCUUGAACAGGCGCAGUCAGAGUCGUACAGAAGGUCGUUGAAGGAGAAAAAGCAAGAGGGAAAAAGGGUGGGAAAAAGAAGCAAGAGAAGAAGAAGCUAUUUGAACGCGAACACUUGCUGUGGAAUUUAUUUUCAUUUGGUCGUCGCUUCCAGGAGGACAUUUUGGGGACAGGCAGACAGAUGGGGGCCGCCAGGUUUGCGGUGUUGAGAACUUUGUUCAUGCUGCUUCUGGCUUUGGUUUGGUCUGAGGAGCAGUCAUGUGUACCAGGAUUUCAGUCAGACAUGAAGGUUUUCAAAGUAAGCAGACAACAACUGAAACGUGGUGCAUUGUUGGGCAAAGUGGACUUCACAGACUGUUCGGACCGCCAAAGGUUUCCUUUCCGGAGUGAUGACACACGUUUUACGGUGCAGACCAAUGGCGUCGUGAAGGUAAACAGACCGGUUUCUCUUUAUCAAGAACAACAUGAAUUUUUGAUCCACGUUUGGGACUCAGAAGGGCGCAAGAUGACAAUUCCUGUCAGAGUACUGUAUCAGAACCAGCAAGUCGCUGAGCUUCAACCAGGAGACCACACGCUACAACCCCAUGUCGGAGAGGUGGAGUCUGCCAGUGAUCGUCAGAAAGCAGAUGAUCCCGAGGUACCUGUUUUGCAUUUUCCAAAAGCAGUGGCCGGCUUGAAGAGGAGAAAGAGAGACUGGGUUAUUCCUGACAUUAAUUUCCCUGAGAAUGACAGAGGUCCUUUCCCCGCCAAAGUAGUUCAAAUUCGGUCAAACGAAGACAAACUGAAGACUGUUUAUUACAGCAUCACUGGUCCAGGAGCUGAUCAGCCUCCUGUUGGACUUUUUACCAUGGACAGAACCACGGGUAAUCUUUAUGUCACACAACCACUGGACAGAGAGAAGCAGGACAAGUACUUGUUUCAAGCCCACGCUGUAGCAGAGGGUGCUGGAAAUGCUGAAGAGCCGAUGGAAAUCGUAGUGAACGUCAUUGAUCAGAAUGACAACAAACCUGUGUUUGAAAAAGACACCUUCAUUGGAGAAGUGGCUGAGGCAUCACCAAAAAACUUUGAAGUGAUUACCGUGGUUGCCACAGAUGCGGACCAGCCAAACACUGAUAACGCUGAUAUCCGUUAUCGUAUCAUUAGUCAAACCCCAGAGCUACCCAUCAAGAAUCUUUUUGAAAUCAAUCCAGUGACUGGAGCCAUCAGAAUCAAUGCGGGUGGUUUAGACAGAGAGAAAUAUCCCAAGUACACACUGAUGGUAGAGGUAGCUGACACUAAGGGAAAUGGCUUGAGUGAUCAGGCGAAGGUCAUUCUCACUGUGACGGACAGCAAUGACAACGCUCCAGCAUUUACCCAGAACCCUUAUGAGGCAUCCGUGGCAGAAAAUAAAGUGGACGCUGUCAUCAUUAAGAUGACGAUAACCGAUGGCGAUGAGCCGCACUCUCCAGCCUGGAAUGCAAAGUUCAAGAUUGUUGAUGGUGAUCCUGGGAAUUUUUUCUCCGUAAGAACCGGAAGCAACAAGAAUGAGGGAAUCAUCACAACUGUUAAGGGUCUGGACUUUGAGAAGACUAGCAAGCACACAUUGUUGGUUGCGGUGGAGAAUGAGGUUCCUUUCGCUACUGCGUUGCCGACCUCUACUGCAACCGUGGUUGUAAACGUGCUAGAUGUCAACGAGGCCCCUGUCUUCGACCCAGUGAUGAAACUUGUGACUAAACGCGAAGACCUUCCUGUGGACGCUGAUAUUUUACAGUACACUGCUUCGGACCCUGACUUCGCACGCAAACAAACAGUCAUGUAUAAAAUUAUUAGUGACCCAGCAGGCUGGUUGAAUGUGGCCAAAAAAACUGGCCUGAUCACAGUAAAAAGUCCCCUGGACAGGGAGGCCCUUUUUGUGAAGGACAACAAAUACACCGCACUCAUUGGCGCAUAUGACAGCGAUGAAGUCCCAGCCACUGGAACCGGUACACUGAUGAUCCUCCUUGAAGACGUUAAUGACAACGCACCCACCAUUGAGCAACGUUCCUUCAAGGUGUGCAAGAAAGAACCGGUUCCUCAGUUGCUGUCUGUAACGGACAAAGAUGGACCUGGUUUUGCUGCGCCUUACAGAGUCUCCCUAGAGGGCCUGUCCAAAACCAACUGGACGGCCAGAAUGAACGACUCCAAAACGGGCAUCAUCUUAAAUUUGGCCACAGAGUUGGCAAGAGGAGAGUACACUGUGGUUCUACGGGUGGCAGACAACCAGGGUAUGGAGCAAGACAGCACAGUUCAAGCCGAAGUGUGUGACUGCACUGGGGAAAAAGUGAGCUGCAAGGAGGGCCGUGUUGCAGGCGGCUCGGACUUGCCAGUUAUCCUGGGAAUACUGGGAGGAGUCCUCCUGCUUCUCAUGCUGCUGCUGCUGCUGCUGCUGCUUGCAAGGCGCAGAAGAGGAGAGAAGAAGGAGCCUCUGUUGCAGGAAGACGAUGUCCGAGACAACAUCUAUUACUACGAUGAAGAGGGAGGUGGAGAGGAUGAUCAGGACUAUGAUCUCGGUGUUCUUCACCAAGGCCUGGACAACCGUCCUGAGGUGUUCAGGAACGACGUGAUGCCAAACUUUAUGCCGGCGCCACAGUACCGACCUCGUCCCGCCAACCCGGAGGAUAUCGGCAAUUUCAUUGACGAUAACUUGAAAGCAGCCGACAAUGACCCGACAGCGCCCCCCUAUGACUCCCUGCUGGUGUUCGACUACGAGGGAGGCGGCUCUGAUGCAGGAAGCAUAUCCACGCUGAACUCGUCCAGCAGCGGCGGCGACCAGGACUACGACUGUCUCAGCGACUGGGGACCUCGCUUCAAAAAAUUAGCGGACAUGUACGGAGGAGGCGAGGACGACGACAUGCUGUAAAUGUACAAAGAAGGUCUAGAGUGAACGUUUUGUGCCUGAAUGUGAGAUUUGCGGCGGUGCAAAGAACUGCUGAACUUAAGAAGUGGAAAAAUCAACCAUUAGAAUUGGUCAAUGAAAGUUAUGCUCUGUGCAGUUUGUGCAAAUGAGUAUUUUUAUGUCACAUCUUUUAAGGCGCAACACACUUUUUUACAGCACAAACUCUCAUCAAAAUAAAUAGUUUCACUAUCCUGUACAAGUUUGUUUAAAACUUAGCCUUGACAAUGACAGAUGUACAUGUACAUAUAUUAAUUUAGUUUCCUAAGCACCGUGCUUCUCAGUCACAUUCUUCUUUUUCUCCAACAGUACUGUCAAGCAAGAUGAAAUCUCUUUUCGUUUUGUAAUGUCAUACGACUUAUUCUGCAGGUACACUUUUUUUUUUUUGUUAAAUGUGGAUUUUUAUAAAGAUGUCUUAAAACAUU